AUGCAUGGAGUUCUAUUUUUUGUUCUGAAAGAGCUUAUAGCAAUGAAAGAUCAGCUCUGUCAGAGGUUCGACCUCGCUACCUACUUGGAUCACUGCGAACAAAACUUCGUCGUUGCGGUGGAAACCUACGAAGUACUUGCUGUCCCGAGCUUCGAAAAUAUCCUUGCAUUGACUAUGGGUAUGCUUAAGUCUCAGGGAGAAGCAAAACCCUACUUAUACUGGAAGCUCGUUUCUGCUGCUGUCACCCAUUGCCAAUCGCUCGGUUAUCACCGUGAAUCGACCUAUCAAAGCAUCCCAUCUAGUAAGGCAGAGAGCAUCCGACGGUUGUUUUGGACAGUAUACGCCUUUGAUAAGAAUAUGUCCCUUGUGCUGGGCCGUGUCUCUAAUAUGCAGGGUCUCGAAAUUGACACACAAUAUCCAAUUAUUUCAACGGAUUUGGCUCUCCGAGCGUGGGAUGAGUCUUUCAUUAUGGGAAUAAGGCUAGCGGAACUUCAGGGUCGGAUCUUCGUUGGUCUUUACUCUACCGCCACUAUGGCAAGGGUUUCGUUUGAACGAUCACAACUUAUCAGUGACCUUGCAGUUGCGAUGGAAAAAUGGCAUUUUGAACUUAAGCAGAUUAAUUCGGAAGGAGUCAAUAAUCGUCAGGCGUUUGAUUUGUCCAGAGGCAAUUGGGACAUACUCUUUUAUUCGACCCUCACAUUGCUUUUUCAUGCGUCCUCAGCCAUCGGAGUGGAAUUGCAAAUUAGCCCCCGUUGUUUCCAUGCAGCCCGUAAUAGUUUACGGGCUCAUCUGGAUUUCUUUCCGCAAUACCAGAAAUCCCAACUGCUCUCAGAUGCUGACUAUCUCAAUUGGGUUCUUUUGUCUUCCUCUUUCAUUCCGUUUAUUGUUACUUUCCUUCAUGCUAUUGCUGCAAAGGACAUGGCAAAUGUCGUACUUCUUGAACAAGUGAUGGGCACUUUGGAACAUUCCCGAAAUGCCUCUCAAAGUUCAGAACACCUUUAUAACAUAUGCGCCACUUUCACCCAAGUUGCUAAGAAGCUGGUACAAUCACAACGGUUGCCUAUAGGGAUAUACAACCAACAACAGGACUCACUGAGAUUUUCGGAUACCUCGCACAGCACGUCUCUAUUUCACCCUGAAAAUUUCCAAAAUGCCUUUGAAUCUGGUGAUACGAAUCGUGUCAGCCCAUCAUCUGCUAUAGAUAUUCUCAAUGAUUGGCUUAGUGGACCGCCUUUUCCGUGGGAUAAAUUUGAGGUGGACUUUGAGAAUUUCCCAUAA